AUGCAGCUUCGCGGAUUUUCUGACGCUAGUCAGAACGCUCAUGGCACGUGGUUCUACUAUCUACGAACCUUAAAUGAACAAGGAUAUUUCUCUGUUCUAUUGUGCUCAAAGUCGCGAGUAGCUCCUGUCAAAACUAUCUCCAUUCCGAGAUUGGAACUUUGUGCAGCAUUGCUAUUAUCAAAGCUUUAUAAGAAUGACAUAAAAUCAUUAAAAAUAAAGUUCGGUAAAGUAGUAUUCUGGUCUAAUUUUACGAUAGUAUUGAACUGGAUUAAUAAAACACCUUAUAAGCUCAAAACCUUUGAAACAAAUAGAGUAGCUGAGAUUCAAGGAAUCACCGAAGCAGCUGACUGGAGGCACGUACCAACGAAGGAUAAUCCUGUAGAUUUUAUAUCAAGAGGCCAAUUACCAAUGGAUGUUCUAAAUAAUCGAGUGUGGACGAAUGGACCGUUAUCGGAAUUCGUUCUUAACACGACUCAUUCGUUUCAUUGCUUCUUGUUUUCAUUUUUAAAACAAAUUACGCAACCAAAGGCAUCAUGA